UUAUUUUAACUUCCUUGAAACCAUUUUGUAUGCAUGUCCUUCUACCGCCAUGUCUAGCCAAGUUCUUCACGGUAAAUUAAAAGAAAAGCUUAUCACGGGAUAUUUGAAUAGGAGUGUAGGUGGUGGACAAAGUUUUACAAGAUGGAAAAUGCACAUUGAAGAUAUUUUAAAAACUCAACGAAAAAACUUUCCAGUUUUUGACGAUUUUGACGAACUCGAAAAAACUGGUAUGGUGGCGGUGGGAGAGUAUGACGUUCUUCUAGAUGUUUUCUCUAAGAUAGACAAACGAGCUUGCAAUUUAAUCCGCAACAUAGGUUCCAAAAUACAAUACAUUCAGCGGCAGGAGGAAAAACAUCAACAAGGCACUGCAUCCAGAAUUACAUUAAAGAUAAAAGUAGAAACAGAUUUGUCGGGUAUAUCAAAAUCGAACCCUUCUGUCCAGUCUUUAACAAAAGAAUCGGGUUUGUCUUCACAUACCACCAGUUCUGCUCAGGCUCCAAAGGAAUCGGGUUCGACUCCACAUGGAACCACUUCUGCCCAGGCUCCUAAGGAACCAGGUUCGACUCCACAUGGAACCACUUCUGCCCAGGCUCCAAUGGAAUCAGGCUCGACAUUACAUGCAACCACAUCUGCUCAGGCUCCAGUAGAAUCGAGCUCACUAUCACAUACCACCAGUUUGGCUCAGGCUCCAAAGGAAUCCAGUUCGUCAUCGCGAACAACCAGUUCUGAACAUGCUCUAAACGAAUCGAGUUCCUCGAAAAUAGGUAGUAUGGCGGAUGAAAUGUCACAAAUGAAUGAAAAUUUGUGCGACAUCCUACGAAUCAUGGUGGAUAAAAUAAGCUCCAGAAAGACUAUCAAGGGCAAAAGACAAGCUUUUCUGAAUUUAUUUGAUACGAUUAAAUCAACAAGAGCAAUGGAUGACGAUUUGAAAAAAUUAAAGCCAGUGGUAAAUCGUUUGGUUGAAAAAGCGAAAUCCUUUUGUGAAAAGUCGAAAAAAUCAGAGAAAACAUUAUUAGAAAAGAUGUUUGACUUUAUAGAAAACUUCAAGAAAAGGUAUAAAGCUGCCGUGAUAUAUGGAAUGCAUGUUGGAAGCAUUCAUUUCUACGUGGAAUACGAGGGCAAUGAUGAUUUUGAAAAGUACACGAGUGACAUUGGUCAGACUCCAGUGGCUGCUAUAUCGGACAUUGGUCAGACUCCAGUGGCUGCUAUAUCGGACUUCUUUUUAUUUUGCUACCAAACAGCUGGUUAUGAUCUAACAGCAGAAGCAAUCGUCGUCAGUUCGUCGGUUGUGAAUAAGGAUGAAGAAAUGAAAACGGGUUUUGAAGAAUUAAUGCUAGAUGAAAAGAAACAAGAAAUUCCUUCUGAAAUGGUUCUCAAAUCAACUACUUCAAUUCUGGUUCCAACCAUUCGCAGGAUCUUUCACAUAGCGUCCUUGUCAAAUGAUCAAUUCUGGGUAGGGGAUGGAAGAGGGAAGAUACUACAGGUUGAUUCAGGCGGCCAAAAAAUGACAGAAUUACAAAGCGACAUCACUGGCGGACAGUUCUCGGUAACAAAUACUGGUGAUCUGCUAUUCGUAGAUGAUACAGAUGGCAACUGGCUGAAGAAAUGGAACAAUUCAAAAACGGAAAAUUUCCUCGCUACAAGCAAUUGGAGGCCGGUCUGCUUAUACAUUUCAAACCUCAACGACAACGUGUUGGUUGCUUUGACAUAUGCUACUGAGAUGAAAGUAGUAAGAUACGAUAAAAAUGGGAAAGAAUUACAAGCCUACCAAAGUGACAACGACAGGAAACCGUUUUACAACGAUAUUUUGUAUAUCACGGAGAAUAUAAAUGGCGACAUAUGCGCGUCAGAUUGGAAAAAUGGGGUGGUUACCGUGACCAAAUCAGGAGGUUUGCAUUUUCGGUAUGAAAUUGAAAAGCCAUGCGGGAUCACUACUGAUGAUACUGGAUAUAUCAUCGUUUGCAACACCUCAAACAAGCUGCAUGUCCUGAAUAAAGAAGGUUCCCUAGUAACCAUUUUGCAAACCGACACAAAUGGCAUUCGGUCUGUUUGUCUUAGCCACAAAUCGAAUCUUUGUGUUGGUUGUCUUACUUCAAAUGUGAUCAAACUCUUUCCAUAUCCACUAAAAUGAAAUCAAAAUUGCCAUUUUGGGAUGGUUGAGAAGUAUAUCGACUCCAUGAUUGCUAAAAAAAAAGUCCAGAGAGGGAGAAAGAGAGAUGUAACGUAUUUAAUAUAUGUCAUUCAUUCAUUGAACAGCUAUCAAUUUAUGUUGAGCAAAUAAAACUCAUGAACAUAGUUAAAAAUUGAUUUAUAAAGUUAUAAAAGAAUCACCACUCCAAGCAUUCCAAAGCUGUCUAUCUUUUUUCAACACUGUGUGGGUUUUUUCCUUCUACGAGACAGCGUAGACACGGAAUAGAACGUGCAUAACCAGAUGUUUCUGCAAAUACUUGAUGUGCAGCGGAACUAGAGAAGUCAGAUUUCUCCGCAGGAUCUCAAUGUCAAUGUUUUUGUACCUAUCCAGUUCUCGGUCCAAUGAUUCGCAAGGAGAUUCGAGGAGCUACUAAUCUUGUUUUCUAAUUUCUCUUGCGAUAAGAAAAUUCUUUUCUUCCGACGGUACAACUUAUACACGAAAAGUCCUUGAAAUAUGUAAUCCUUCUCCCGUUGGCCCAAUGAUUUUUAUUAUCUCCGUUAGUGAUCGUCCUCCGGCUAUACCAAUUAUCACGUUAGUCCGUUGUUGCAUAGUUGUUAUUUAAGUGUUACAAUCGGAAUGUUCAAUAUCUAUAACUUUGGUUCCGGAUUAUAUUUUUAAUUCCGGUCCACAUAAGUUUGGUUGGCCCAUAAGCUUUGUCCCGGGCAUUCAUUUGAAUUCCAGGUCGCUUUAAUUUUUCUAUUGAAACAUUGAAUAAAUUGGUUAUGAUAAUUUCUUUUAAUUACACAUGUGACUGGGAAGUGACUUUCGGCACAUUUUGAAUACACUUCAGAAGAAAGUGGAUUGGACAUAUUUCUGGAGAAUUCAGAUUUUUUAUGGAUUAGCAGCAAUACCAUAUCUAAACACUUAGAUAUAAAAAGCAGCCACUCUAGUAAAUCGGUUAGUCAGUGAAAGGUGUGAAGUUUGUUGAUUUACAUGUAUGUUCUGUGUACACUAGUUUGAAUUAAAAGUUUGAAAAGAAA